AUGCCAGACACAUAUGGAGCCAAGAUCGUUGCUCAGUCGCUACAUGAUCUCGGCGUGAAGAUAAUCUUUGGAACUCCUGGACUUCCUGUGACAGAUAUCGCUCAAGAAGGCCUGUACCUUGGCAUACGCUUCAUAAGUUUCCGAAAUGAGCAGGCUGCUGUAUAUGCUGCCACGGCCUAUGGCUACCUGACCGGCAAGCCCGGCGUAUGCAUAUCAGUUGGCGGACCAGGAAUGCUACAUGUCUUUGCCGGGGUACCACAUGCAGCUGCCAAUAGUUGGCCAUUACUUGUGCUCUCAGGAGCAAGCGAGACACACAAUGCCGGCAAAGCAGCUUUCCAAGAAAUCGAUGCAAUCCCAAUCAUGCGACCUCACGCAAAGUUCGCAGGUCGUCCUCCAACUCCCGACGCAAUACCAAGAUUCAUCAAGGAUGGCUACAGAGCGGCUCUCUUCGGACGACCUGGUCCUUCGUUCAUCGAUCUUCCGGCUAAUCUGAUUCUCGGAACUUUCGAUGUCGAGAGGAAUAAGCUGCCUCUGCUUGAUCAAGUUCCUCUCUCAGUGGCACCGGAUUUUAAGAUCCGUGAAGUUGUGAGCGCUAUCAAAACUGCGAAAGCACCACUUGUGGUUAUCGGUAAAGGGGCUGCAUAUGCUCGUGCUGAAGGGCCUAUCAAUGCAUUAGUCGACAGGACCGGUAUCCCAUUUGUGCCUACACCGAUGGGUAAAGGUGUAAUUCCGGACUCGAGUCCCAACAACUUCUCCGCGGCACGAUCAGCAGCACUGAAAGAAGCGGACGUCGUCCUCGUGCUCGGUGCCAAACUCAACUGGAUCCUCUCAUUCGGUCUGGCACCUAAGUGGAAUGCAAAUGCAAAAGUCAUCCAGGUCGAUAUUACAGCAGAUGAGCUUGGCCAGAAUGGGGGUCAUCCGACACUGAGCAUGGUUGGCGAUGUUGGUCUUGUUGUAGAGCAAAUCACGAACGCACUCGGCAGCUGGCGAUGGGAAGGCAAAUCUACCGACUUCUAUCGCAAAUUGCAAGCCGCCAAGUCCAGGAACGAAGAGAAGGCUGCAAAGAAAGCUUCAUCAAACAAGGUGCCAAUGCCGUUCGAGAAGGCAUUCGGCGUGAUCAAGAAGACUCUCAACAGCUUAUCAAAUCCUGCGGAUGGCGAUAUCGUGUAUGUUUCCGAAGGUGCAAACGCCAUGGAUAUCUCGCGAUCGAUCUUCACAAUGGAACAUCCUCGGAUUCGUCUAGAUGCUGGGACUUAUGCAACCAUGGGCGUGGGCUUGGGUUACUGCAUUGCGGCACAUGCUGCCUACAACAUGACCGGCGAAGGCAAGGCUGGAGCUUCGGGCAGGAAGAAAGUUGUCGCCAUCGAGGGAGACAGUGCGUUUGGUUUCUCCGGUAUGGAAGUGGAAACCAUGGCUAGGUACCAGAUGGAUGUGCUCAUCUUCAUCAUGAACAACAGCGGCUUAUACCGAGGCGAUACGAAUUCGAGCGAGGCAUGGAACGAGAGGCGAAAGAACACAGUCGAGGGGACGACGACGGGUGGAGCUGGACUCACGGCGUGGUCUCUCGGAUAUCAGACUGAUUACCAGAAGAUUGCGGAGAUGGCGGGUGGUAUUGGGAUCUUGGCUCGAACGCCUGAAGAGCUCGUCGCUGCCACGGAGACGGGUUUCAAAGCGAACGUUCCAGUCGUGGUGAACGUCAUCAUCGAUCCUCAAGCCGAUCUGCCCAUGGACUUCUCCUGGCUCGAUAUGGCACCGCCAACGAAGGGCAAGACAGAAGCCAAGCUGUAAAUGCGCCUGGAUAUAGAAGCAUCAAAUCUCGUCGUUGGCGCCAGAGAAGAGGAGAGCAGUAUGAAACUCCCAUGAUAGCUGGACGUACGGCUUAUGCCAUUAUCACGGUGGCCGGGUGUGUGACGAGCAAUGACCUGGGCUUUGGGUGAGUGAAUGUUGCUUUCCUUCGCCUGGGGCGCGAAGAACGGGCACGUGAUGUGAUAGCGAGGUGAUUGUAUGGAAACGACACUCAGUG